AUGUACGCCAUUGCUUUAGCUUUCUCACUACUUGCCUCAACGGCCGUCGCAAGGGAAAUCGUCUUUCCCCCAAUCGCAGCAACCCAAUCCAACCAGAUCUUCCUGGAACAGGAUGAGAAGGUCGACAUUGUCAGCGGUAGCCAAUUCUCUGGCUUGACAACAUUUGCACAUCUGCCAUAUGUCAAUUGCUUCGUGGGCAGCGAGGCAGAGGCAAUGCCCUACGAUGUCGCCUUCCUCGGUGCCCCGUUUGAUACAGGAGUCACUGCUCGCCCUGGCGCAAGAUACGGACCCGGUGGCAUCCGACUGGGAUCGCGCCGGCUCACAGGGUGGAGUAUCUAUACAGGGGAGAACGUCUUUAAGAGCUGGGCGAAGCUCGUAGACUGCGGGGAUGCGCCACUGACCUGGUUGGAUAAUACUGUUGCGCUGAAGCAGCUUGAUCUUGCGCAUAAGGUUGCCUCUUCGAGGAAGACGAACAGCACGCAUCAAGGCCGCACGCCACGGAUUAUUACCCUAGGUGGAGAUCAUACAACCACUUUGUCAGCUUUAAGGUCAACUAAUACACACUGGGGUCCGGUGUCUGUGAUCCAUUUUGACAGUCAUAUUGACACCUGGGAUCCAAAGGUGCUAGGCGGCGGAAUCUCUCACUAUGCCGGCGUCAAUCAUGGGACAUUUCUUCAUUUAGCCCACGAAGAGGGCCUGAUCCGCAACACCUCCAUUCACGUCGGUAUACGUGCCCCGGUUAACCGCCCUAAAGGGGACCUACGCAACGAUCUCCGCUGCGGUUUCUCAAUCAUCAAAGCCCGCGAUCUUGAUUAUCUCGGGGUAAGUGGCAUCGUGAACGAGAUUAAAUCCCGAGUCGGGAAUAGCAAGGUCUACAUUUCCGUUGAUAUAGAUGUCCUGGACCCCGCGUUCGCGCCUGCAACGGGAACCGCGGAGCCAGGUGGUUUCUCCACGCGCGAGCUUCUCUCUAUCCUUGAUGCUCUGCGCGGGCUGCCGGUUGUGGGCGCGGAUGUUGUCGAAGUCGCCCCGGUCUACGAUUCGGUGGCGGAGACAACGACCCUUGCUGCGGCAGAGGUAGCGCGCUCGCUGCUUGAGUUAAUGGUUGCUACACCUAUAGUUGACGCAAUACCUGUUGUGGAAGACAAAAAGGAAGAUGGUCAUAUAUAUACGUAA